ACCACUUCGGAGCAGGGAGCCGCCGACUCUUUGGCACCAUUUUGGAGAGCAGAGUGUGCAUCCUGGUGGACACGUCGGGAUCCAUGGGCCCCUACCUGCAGCAGGUGAAGACGGAGCUGAUUCUGCUGAUUUGGGAGCAGCUGCGGAAGCACUGCGACAGCUUCAGCCUGCUCAGCUUUGCGGAGGACCUGCGACUGUGGCGGGACACUCUGGUGGAGACCACGGAUGCGGCAUGCCACGAGGCCAUGCAGUGGGUGACCCAGCUGUGCGCUCAGGGGAGCACCUCCAUCCUGCAAGCAUUACAGAAAGCCUUCAGUUUUCACAAUGUAGAAGGAUUGUACCUCCUGACCGACGGGAAGCCAGAUACAAGCUGCAGCCUCAUUCUGAGUGAAGUCCGAAGACUCACGGAGAAAAGCAAUGUGAAAAUGCACACCAUUUCCCUGAACGGCUCAGGCAGGGCGGCGGCUGACUUCCUGAGAAACCUGGCCACCCUCACAGGGGGCCGCUAUCACUGCCCCGUUGAUGAGGACACACUCCUCAAAAUCCACGGCCUGCUGACCAAGGGCUUCGUGGACGAAAGGGAUCCCCUGUUGCCACUGUUUGAAGGAGAUGAUUUAAGGAAAUUGGCCCAGGAGAUCACCAAGGCCAGAAGCUUCCUCUGGAAGGCCCAGUCCUUCAGCCACAAAAUUGUCACUCACUGGGAAGCUCUGCACCAAGCCCUGCCUGGAACCCCCUGCUUAGUACCCUCUGCCUGGUGACUCCUGCUCAUCCAUCAAGGCACAUCUCAAACGGUAUCAACUCCACUGUGAAGAUGUCCCUGAGACCCAUCAAGAGCUGGGAGCCUCCAGCCUUCCUUCCAUUGCAUCCUGGCCAAACAUCCCUUUUCAUAGCAGUGACACUUAGCCCUUAUUAUGCCAGCACUCCAUGCCAUGCUUCCUUGCUUCCUGCCAACUCUUCUUGACUGUGAGCUCCCCCAGGAUGAGGCUGGUGUCCUAACCAUCUCUAGGUCCCCAGAACCUGCCACAGGGCAGACGUAGUAAACUGUGAGCAUCCAGCUUAGUUGUGGGAGACCAGCCCUAGAAACCAGCCAGAGGGUGUUGUUUCUACCCUGAUUGCCUCACUCUGUGCUUCCCACCACCCUGGUCCAUGGGGGUGAUGCAGAUUUACCAUCAGCCCAUCUUGGGAGAAGAAACAAGUGGGGCUUACCACCUGUCCCCCUACCUGUUCAAUCAAACUGAAUUGAAGUCUGCUCUGGAGCCAAGUCCAGAGAGAGUGGUCUGUUCAAGCAGGUGCAAAUCAGGCUGGGUCCACUGGGCCCAGCCCUACCGUGUACAUAUGAGAUGAAUAUGUCAUGUAUUAUGUGGCCUGCAGUCACUUCCUGAAAUGAGAAAUUGCUUGUAUUUAAUUAAAUAGGAUCAAAAUGGCUUUUAA